AUGGCGUCAGACAUUGCCCUCCAACAUGACUGUCCACACAGCCCUGGGCUUCCAACCCCUACGCUUUUGCUUUUGCAUUGUGACAUACAUUCUUCUCUGCUGACUCAUGCUAGUCAUCUUUCAAGGCCAACCAUAAUUUCUACUUCGUCUUUCGAGUCCUUCCUAGCCACUCUGACAUUCAGUCCUUUGCGAAAAGCUACUGUGCGGCCAUUAGAUAAAAUAAACAGGGUGAUUCAUUCCGUCUUCCGAAGACGGGAGCGGAGGGAAGGGUUUGGCCGUGAACUUAGUCGCCACGGGAGGCGCAGUCCCAAAGGCCAGCAGCUUCGGCUCGGGUCUCCGCAGACCCGGGUCUGCAAGCGGGCGCUAGCGCUCCGCCCCAAGCUUCGGGGUGGGGCCAGAAAGGCGCAGGCGCAAUGCGCAGCGGAAGUAGCGACUCGGGAAAUUAGAAGGAAGGAAAGGGGCCUGCCUGCCGGGCUCCGCGAAGGGCACUGCGCUCCUCCUCCGUGGCUUCCUCCACCUCGGGGAAGCUCCGGGCGGCCGCACGUGCCUCCCUGCCCAGGCUCCUCCCCUUCCCUCCCCCUGCCCGGGAGCGGCCGCGGGCUGCUUUCCUCUCCUCCAGCCGAGAUGGCGCUCGACCCCGCAGAGCAGCAUCUCAGACAUGUCGAAAAGGAUGUUUUGAUCCCUAAAAUAAUGAGAGAGAAAGCCCGAGAGAGAUGUUCUGAACAAGUUCAAGAUAUAUCUAAGACACCUGAAAAGGUACAUCUAAGUGACAUUAAGGAAGAAAGAGGAGGAAAACCUAUUAUUCUCUUCAGGAGUAAGAGUUACAAAUAUAUUUUACCAAAUGUUGCAAGGACUCUGGAAUCCUUAUGGUAGUAAAAUGCCGAAAAGAAAAUUCUGCAUUGAAAGAAU